UUCGUCCCGAAUUGUUCUCUUUUUUGCAAAAAAAUUAUAGUUCCCAAUAUUUCUUACACAUUUUUCUAUUCGUUACCAAACUUUUCACAAUACAUAUAGGAGGUGUUUGGAACUGAUUCUGCUUCUGCUUCUUUUUUAAAGCAGAAGCAGAAUUAGAAUCAGUUUUCAGAAGCUGGUCACCCCUAGCUUCUAAAAAUACUGAUUCUAUGAGUAAAUUAGAGCAUCAGAAUCACUCUUUCACUUACACUCAAACACUCCAACUUCUCUCCCUGAAGGAGCAGAAGCAGUUUUAAGAAGAAAAAAUGACCCGAUUAUUACUAAUGGGCUUUUGAUUUCCAGAUAUAUGACUCUUUUUACAUUUUCCCAAAAAGUGAUCCGCAGAGAGCCUUCCCCUUCACCAUCCGCAGAACAUUUCUUUAUCGCACUCCUUCGCCCUAACCGCAACAUACCUCCAACGCCGCAGAGAGCCUCUGCUAUUGCGCCUCCGCCAGCGCGCCUCCAUCUCCGGUGUUCCAGUCCCGCUCCGAUCUUUGUCGCGCAAACUUAUUCCUCCUCACGUCGUCGUUUCCGGUCGUCGCCAUCUUUCUACACCACGCCGAUCUUCUUUCUCUUCUCUUUCUGUUCAAUUGUAGGGAGGUUACAGGCGACCGUAAAUGCUAGAGCUCCAUUUAUGUUGGCUAAGCUUAAUUGCAGCGGCCACAUUCCAAAUCUAAUUUGGAUGACUGGGAUUUCUAGCUAGGGUUGGGCGAUGGUGGACUGGUUGGCCGGUGGUGGGCGAUGGGGUGUGGUUAUUGCGGCGGCGAGGCUGGGGUGGUGGCAGUGGCAGCGGAGGGCUAGGCUAGGGUGAUGCAGGGCAGGGGGCUGAGGUGAGGAUGGGGUCAGGCAGGGGGGCUGACCGACUGGGGUCAAGCAGGGGACUGGACGGCUGGGGUUAGGAAUGGGGUCAGGUAGAGGGCUCAUGUGAGGCGGGAGCUAUGGUGACGCAGGGGAGGGGGCUAGGUGAGGCAGGAGGCUGGGGUGUGGUGGUCGCCGACGGUGGCAGGAGUUUGUGGACGCCGGAGGGCUAGAUCGGGGCUGGUCGGAGCUGGGCUGUGGGCAGGGGAGGGGUGUUGGGGGUUGAGGUGCUGAUGCGUGAGGCUAGGGAGGGGGAAGGGCUGUGUACGAUGGAGGUGAUGGAGGUGUUGGCGGAGUGCCGGUGCCGGUGGGGCGCCGGUGACGGUGUGGGGCAGAUUUGGGUGGCCGGUGACGGUCUCCGGGCGGCGGUGUUGGAACAGGCUGAGUGUGAGUGUGAAGUUGGGGUGGCGGCUGAACGGCCGCAGUGCAGGCGGCAGCGAUUUCACGAAUUGAAAACGGUUGCAGUGACAUGUUUUCCGGGGUGACGAAUGAUGUGAAUAUGGCUUUGCAAAGACGUGACCAGGACCUUUUGAAUGCAUUGACUCUUGUGAAGAUAUGCAAAGCGAGAGUCCAAAAGAUGAGAGAUGACGGAUGGGAAGCUCUCUUGGGAAGAGUUGUUACGGUUUGUACAACUCAUGAUAUUCAUGUUCCUAAUAUGGAUGGUCCCUAUCACUUAUCAAAAAGAUCCCACCGUCAAACUUCUUUUGUUACGAAUUUGCAUCAUUACAAGACUGAUUGUCUUGUUAGCAUUUUAGAUUUGCAAUUGAAGGA